AGAAUUUUUUUCGAAGGAAAAAAUUUGGAAGCUAAACAAUAAAUAAAAAUUUUAGCAUUGCAUCAAGAUUUUAGUAACACAGAAUUAUUAAAAAUGCAGUUUGGAAUUUUUAUUUUUAUUUAUUUUACUCACAUAGGACUUAUAUCGACUUUACAUCCAACAACUGUAAGAAUAAAAUAUAUAGAAUAUGUCAUUAGAGUAGUAGAUUAUCUCCGUAUCCAAAAUGGAUGGAAUUCAAUUAAAAAUUUACAGCUGAAUUAUGAGUACAGAAUGAUGAAAAUAGAAAAAGUAUUUGAACAAAAAAUUGACAAAAACAAUAUUUUAAAGAUGUAUAGUAUUAUUGUCCAUUUACUUAACUACAAAUAUACUGAGAUAUUAAGAAGUUAUGUAGAACUCGUUACUUUAAGUAUAAAAGAGUGUAAAAUGUAUUCAAUAGCUUAUUUAUUAAGUGAAUAUAUUGAUUGUACUCAACGUAUUGAACAAAAAGUGAAAAAUUCAAUGAUUAUGUUUGACAAUUUGUACCAAGUAAUGACGUUUAUGAGUGAUUUUGAUACAAAAUGGUUAUUUAUAAAUAUUUCAGGAAUCCCAAUCGUCAUGGUAGAAGAAAUUUAUUUUGCUUAUCAUUUUACAAAUACCAUGAUAGUUUCAAAACAAUCAUACUUUAUUGACCAGAGUGGAAGUUUUAUACUUGAUAAUGCGACGUCAGUACUUUCAAAUAUUAAAAUUUUUAUCGAUCAAUUAUAUUUAAUGUUGGAAAAUAAUGAAGUCAAAAAUUGUAUUUUGGCUGAUCUCCCCGAACCAAUAAACUAUCAAUUUUGUUUAGAAGAGCAAUAUUUACAUUACAAAUCAGAUAAUGCUAAUACAAGUACUAUAGAUUUGGUGUUAAUUAUGCUAGAUUCAUUAUACAAUAACACAAUAAAAAAUGACUUCGAAGACCUUGGAUUUAAAGAAAUAAUUAAUCCGUUAUUAUACAAGUGUCGUUCAUUGUAUCUACCUCAAAUUAAUAGUAUUUCAAAUGAAUUGGGAAUAUUAAAUAUGAAUAUUUUUCUAAAAGAGUGUUACUGGAUCACUUUGAAAUAUCUAUAUAUUAGACAUAAUGAUCUAUUAGUAUGUGCAAACCGCGUGUUUAGAGAUCAAGCAAAUAGUAUCAAUUUUCGUCUUAAAAAGCAGUAUUUCACUCAACUAUUUAGAUGUAGAUUUUAUGACCUAUUAAAAACAUUCUGUUUACAUUUAUGUGGAACUUUGGAAUUGUGCAAACAAGAAAGAACUAAUAUCAAAAAAUGUAAAAAUUCAAAUAUAUACAUUGAAUGUUUAAAAAAUUUUCACAUGACUACUCGAAAUAUUCAGAACUUUUUUAACUAUUUAAAUAUGGCAAUGGACAAAUUAAAAAGAGCAAAUAUUUGGCAUGAUAACGGAUCACAUUAUUGUUUAUCACCAAUAAAAAACAUAGUAGAAAAUAUACUUAACUGCAUACAAGAAAUAAACUUAUUACAAGAUGAGUUUUUUCAUUCUGAAAGUUCAAAUUUGAAAGAAAUAGCAGACGAUUAUCUAGAAAGAGCACUAUGUGUGAAAACAUCUUUACAAUUAGGUAUAAAUAACGUAUCCCGAGUUCAUAAAAAGCAUUGUUUUUAUGAUGAAAAACCAUUUCAUUCAAAAUAUGAACUUUUAGUGAUUAGCAAUAAAAAUGCAGAUUCUACAAAUAUGGCUAAUCCAACUAUUAAUCCAAUUACAAAUUAUCAACAAGCUUGUAUGGAAAUUAAUUGGUUUUGUGAAGAAUUCAUCAUGAUGGAAUAUAAAAAUCUAGGGUUCGAUAAAAUUAAUUAGAAAAUUUGCUUGUAAUUGUCUUAAUGGAUAAUAAUCGAUUACGCUUAUUUUAUUUAUAAUAAUCUUUAAACUACACAAUUCUGUUAUAAUAAGUAAGGUAUUGUUAAUACUGUUUUAUAAAAUCUAAAGAAAUUUCAAUUUUAAUACUGAUUUAAGAAUUAAUGUUUUGUUUUUUAUUAAUUUUA